AUGGAAGCUGUGGGUCUUGCCAUCGGCGUCGCUGGUCUCUUUAGCGCAGUUCUAGAAGCUGCGGAAAAGGUUCAGUCGUAUCGCUCAUUCGGAUCUGACUCUAGCACCUUAGAAACCCGAUUCCAGACUACCAAGGUCCUUUUGGAGCAGUGGGGUCACAGUGUAGGGUGCAAUAAUGGUGUCCUGUCAACACAUCAUAGCACAAAAUUGGAUAAUCCUGAUAUUGAGGUUGCCGUGGAGAAAAUUUUGAAGAUCACUCAGGAAAUCCUUCAGUUUGGCCUUCAGCACCGUCCGUCCCAUGGAGUGAUUGGGCUUCACACUGCUGGCAGAAGGCAGAAGUUGAAAUGGGCGUUUGGCGACAAACAGAAGCAACAAGAGAAAGUCGAGCUUUUCGAGAAGCUGGUUGGACAGCUGCUACACUUGGUCCCUGUAGAUCAUAUCGGUCCGGAAGCCAUUCAAAGUCACGCCUCAAUCGCUGAAAUCCAGGCUAUUCUCCAACGAAUUGAGACUGAAACGCGAGCCGAGACCCGUAAACAAGUACUAUCGUGGAUUGGUCACGGGCGCACCGACCAGCGUUAUCACGACUCACUACAAAAGAAACAUGCUGGAACAUGCGACUGGAUUUAUAGCCGAGAAGUCUUCCAGCGUUGGCUAUCUUCAGAUUUUUUUGAUGGCUUCAAAGCUUUAUGGAUCAACGGUCCUGCUGGUUUUGGCAAGACAGUCCUCAGCGCAAGUAUAGUCAAUCACCUUUCAGUCACCUUCGACACGCCAACAGCGCACUUUUUUGUCACAUCUGAAUCACAAAGUCGAGACGAUCCAUUUCUUGCCGUGCGCGCCUGGAUUGCACAAAUAAUAUCUGGACAUCAAGAUGCAUUUGAGUGUGCUCACCAUGUCUGGCAGGACGAUUCCGACCCUGUUUCGUCCCGAGAAAUAUGCCUGAGACUCCUGGCGCAGAUCGUACAGCUCGUUCCUGGCUGCACCUUUGUCAUUGACGGACUCGAUGAAUGUACUAAUCUUCACGCCCACAAUACCUCAGCAACUGCAUUCCUUGAAGCGAUCAUCGCGGCCUUAUCAACAAUGUCCUCCAGAGUCCUGGUAGUAAGCCGCGAUGAGCCUCACAUACGUCACGCGUUGAGCACUCGUUUCAUUGAGUACACCAUUUUGCCCAGCGACGUUCAUGCCGACACUAUUUCUGUUUCUCAAGAGAUAGUCGAAAGAAAGCUAAAUAAAAAACCUAACGACUUUCGUAAAUCUCUUUCUAUAACUAUGGCCGCUCGUUGUGAAGGCCAGUUUCUCUGGCUUCGUCUUCAAGAAGAAUCUUUGAGAAAUGGAAUGAACAUGAAAAAGCUACAGAGUGUCGUGGAGGGUACUCCUCCUGGUCUGGAGGCACUCUAUGAGCGAGAAUGGAGUAGGAUGGUACAAUCUCCUGACUACGAAAGAAUAAUUUCCCUGCUUCGAUGGACAGCGUUUGCAAUCCGGCCCUUGACGGUGGACGAAAUUACAGAAGCCGUUUUGAUCGGUGAUUAUGAGGACUUCCCGUUGGACGAUCUACCAGAUGAGAUUGACGACGACUAUGUUGAUACGGAGAUUGUUGACCUUUGUGCUCCUCUAAUCCAGAUGAUCCAUCGACGUGAAGAAAAGGAAAACGAUAGCCCUGUUGGACAGCAAACUGUACACCUGGCGCAUUUUUCAGUGAAACAGUUUCUCCUCACACAACUUCCUGCACCAGUAACGAUUCAGACCAACGGAAGUCUGAGGUCCCAAUAUCAACACAGUCUUCUUGCGACAGCUUGUCUACAAUACAUCAAUUUCAGGUACGCAUGGAAUGAUAUGGCUGGUCAUAUGACUAUCCGAGGAGCUAUGCUUAGGGACUACGCUGCGAGUUCCUGGAACCAUCAUUAUCAUUCUAGUUUGACCAGUGACGAAACAUUACUGGAUCGCAUCACUACAUUAUUCGAUGAAAGAAACUGGGUAUGGGGUUUCUGGCGGUCGUGGCUACAUAUGCAGGAUAGCAACAGUUUCACUACGUCUGGUGAUAGCACCGCCAAUGGAGGCAGCGACGAGACUUGGUGGUAUUCGGAAUCACCUGGUCCAAUCGUCUACGCAAUUGGACUAGGACUGGACUCAAUAGCUGAUACAUUGAUGACUGAGUACACUUCGGGCCGGGGAGAUAUGAAGGACCUCACCUGUGCCGCAUUCGUUGUCUCAAAGCAGUCUGGACGAGAAAAUACGCUUAAAAAGCUCCUCAAGUCCGGCGUCAGUGCCAGAGUAGUCGAUGCAGACGGGAAAAGUCUACUGCACUUCGCUGUUGGCUUCAAUUCCUCCCAAUUUGUGCGGAUCUUGAUCGAUAGUGGAGCCGACGUAACAGCAACUGACAGAGAAGGUUUUACGCCAUUGCACGUUGCACGGAGUGCGGAAAUAACGAGAAUCCUUCUCGAAAGUGGUGCAAUGGUUGAUUCCAGAACAAAUGUUGGACGCACAGCGCUACAUUCAGCAUCCUUCAAUGGUUCCGCUGAGAUUGUCGAGGUUCUAUUGGACAUGAGUGCUGCAGUUGAUGCUCGAGUGAGCGUGGAAUCCAGUCCCGGGAAUUUCGACUGUCACUUAACUCCUUUGCAUCUUGCCUGCUUGGCUGGCCACCUAGAAGUAGCACGUAUGCUUAUAGCAAAGGGGACGUCUCUUACCGCGUCAAAUGCCGGUGUCUUGCACGGGGCAUGUGCAGAGGGCAAUAAAGAGAUCGUUCAACUGUUGGCUCUUGAAGGUGUGUGCAUAGAAGACUCAUGGUUGCAGGGUAUGCGUGCAAUUCAAGUCGCUUCCGAAUGCGAACAGUUUGAAGUAGUUGAGCUACUUAUUGAAUUGGGAGCAAACAUAGACGUGAAGGAUGAGAAUGGAAGUCCUAUUUUACACGUUGUAUGUCAGAAAGGCCAUACAGAAACUAUGAAAGCUCUGAUUAACGCCGGAGCCGACAUCGAGGAGCUGGAUGCUUCUGGCUUCACUCCAUUGGCCGUUUCUUGCUACUAUGGACAUUUGGACGCCGCAAAUCUUUUGAUAGGAGUUGGGAGUGACUUCUCCCGCAUUAUUAAGUUUCACGGGGCGACAUUACUCUUUCAAGCAGUGGCAAAGGAUUACACGAAGAUCGCCAGGCUUCUUUUAGACAACGGAGUAGACCUAGCGGAACGACACAAAGAUGGUCAUCAGGCUCUCGACGUUGCGGCCUCAUAUGGCCGCACGCAGCUAGUAGAACUGUUCAUCGAAAUGGGAGCCAAUGUUUUAGGUACUGACAAAUAUGGGCGGGCCCCUUUACAUCGCGCUUGCGCAUGCGGAAAUAUUGAGACUGUUCGGUUACUGCUUAACGCAGGCUCGAGGUUAUCGUCCCUCGAUAACAACGGCUUCACAUGUCUCCAUCUGGCAUCCCAUGGUGAUAAACUCGAAAUUGUGAAUCUACUUGUUACUAUGGGGCUAAGUAUUUCAGCGAAAGCGUUUAACGGAGCUACUCCUUUGCAUAGUGCUGCAAUCCAGGGAAGCAUCGACGUUGUCAAAUAUUUACUGAAGGAGGGGGCUUUUGCAGAAGAAGUAGAUCAUGGCGGGCUGGACGCGAUCGACAUGGCAACGUACAGAGGGAAUGUUGACAUUCUAAAGUGCCUCGUUGAAGCUAACCCUGAAGGAGCCAUUAACAAUGUUCGCGAUAAGUUUGGAACGACCAGACUCCACAUAGCCACGUACCAGAAUCGUACACGGAGUGUGAAAUCACUGCUUGACAUCCCAGGCAUCGAACCGAACAAGGUUGAUUAUGCUGGGCGUACCGCUUUACUUCUAGCUGCUAGACAUGGCUUUGAUAAUAUUGUUCAAACCUUGGUUGCUGACGUUAGAGUCAACCCAAACUUGAAAGACUGGCACGGCUCAACACCACUAUUCGUUGCAGUCAGAUAUGAUCGUUCAAAGGCACUUAAAGUAUUGCUCAAGAGCCCAAAGGUCACUACAGAAGAUAAAGAUGGUUUUGGGAAAGAUGUCUGGUGGUGGGCCGAGAAGACUGGUAACCUUGAAGUGUUAUCUCUUCUACAACAAUACGUCAGGCAGAGGCACAUCUUCACACGGCAACAGCGACGCCAUUAG